AUGGUUGUGAAGCUGGAUAUGAGCAAAGCUUAUGAUAGGGUUGAAUGGGGUUUUCUUAAGGAAGUUAUGCUACGAAUGGGUUUUGCAAAAGAAUGGGUGGAGCUAAUUAUGAAAUACAUUACCACGACGACUUAUGCAGUUAAUACAAAUAGAGGGAGGGGAAGACUUUUUCAAUCGACUAAGGGUUUGCGGCAAUGCGAUCCUUUAAGUCCUUUUUUUUUUCUACUUUGUUGUGAGGGACUAUCAUCUUUGAUACGACUGGCAAUGAAGGAGGGGCUACUAAGAGGAGUAAAGACUAGUAGAAGAGGCCCAAAAAUUUCACAUUUACUCUUUGCAGAUGAUUGUUUUUUAUUCGGCGAAGCAUCAGGUAGCGGAUCAAUGGUGUUAAAAGGAAUUUUGAAGGAGUAUGAAAAGUGUUCAGGCCAAUGUGUUAAUUUUGAUAAAUCAACAAUCUUCUACAGCUUGAACACUACAGAAGAACAGAAGAUAGUAGUCUCGAAAAUAUUAAGGGUUCGAAGCUCAACAAACCUGGAAAAGUAUUUAGGUCUUCCUAAUGUGGUCGACAGACGGAAGAAGGAGUCUUUUCAGUAUCUCAAAGAGAAGGUUUAUACUCGAAUUGAAGGGUGGAGUACCAGAUUAUUAUCACAAGGAGUUGCUGAGUUAAUUGAACCAAGCAGCAGAAUAUGGAAGAAAGAGCUGAUAGAGUCAACCUUUUCGGAGGAAGUAGCUGAGAAGAUUCUCCGUAUCCCAUUGGCAGAGGGUCCCAACGAUGAUUUUCGAGUUGUGAAAAUUAAUUUUGAUGCAGCAUAUGAAGCGAGAACUUGUCAAUCGGUAACAAUAGUUGUGGCAAGAAAUAGUGAAGGAGGUGUUCUCUUAUCGUGUUCGGUGAUCCAGCAACGAGUUGUUUCUGCCUUCGCUACUCAGCUUUUGUUAAAGUUUAAGGAGUGCAUAUUUGAAAACAUCCCACGAUUAGCAAACAGUUUAGCGCAUUAUUUAGCAAAUGAAAUGCUGAAGAAUAAUGAAGAAGUUUACCUGGUAGGAAGCGUUCCAGAUUCGGCAGAGAAGUAA